CGGCGUCACGUGAUAAACGCAUGUGACACGUAACGAGCACAGGCUGCAUAUAACAAGCUUUCAACAGUUAAUACAUAACUUCCACCCAAAAUAACAUUGAUGUCCACACCGCGCAGAGGGAAAUCACGUAACGUUACACUAUCCUUUCUCUUCUUUUGUAGCAAAAUCAGUCAUGGCUCCUUCUGCAGAAAAUAAGCUGACAGGCUUAGCUGCAGCCACCUUCACUCCAUUCAGCCCCAAUGGUGAAGUCAACCUAGUACAGAUUGGACCUUAUGUUGACUACUUGAAGGAGAAGCAAGGUGUUAAUAGCAUAUUUGUGAAUGGGACCACCGGAGAGUGCAUGUCCCUCACCAUUGCAGAGAGGAAGAUCCUGGCUGAGGAGUGGUGUCUGAAAGCCAAGGACAAAUUGGAUUACGUGAUCGUGCAUGUCGGCUGCAUGAGUCUUAAAGACGCUAAAGAACUGGCGGCACAUGCAGCGCAGAUCGGGGCCAAUGCGAUUGCAGUCAUGGCACCGUUCUUCCUCAAGCCCAGCACUGCAGGCGCGUUGAGGUCGUUCCUCCAGGAAGUGGCUUCGGCUGCCCCAACUCUGCCUUUCUAUUAUUAUCAUAUUCCAGUUAUCACCGGUGUUAAUUUCCCAGUGAGAGAUUUGUUGGUAGGAAUCCAAGAGCUCAUUCCUUCCUUCAGUGGUGUGAAGUUCACUGGGAUGGACCUGAUGGACUUUGGCCAGUGUGUCGACAACUGUCCUCCUCAGUGGUCACUCCUCUACGGCGUGGACGAGCAACUGCUUGCAGCUCUGGCUAUGGGGGCCGAUGGAGCGGUUGGGAGCACCUAUAACUAUUUAGGAACUCAUGCCAACAAGCUCAUAGCAGCAUUUAAGCUAGGCGAAGUUGUCCAAGCCAGGGAGAUACAGUUCAAGAUGCAACAGCUCCUCAGCUUUGCCAUGAAAGUUGGUUUCAAUGUGGGCGUGAACAAGCAGCUGAUGAUUGAGUUGUCGGGUUUGUCCCUCGGGCCGCCUCGACUCCCAGUGAUGCCGUGCUGUUCCGAAGACGCUAAGCUCAUCGUGGCCAAAUAUCAGCAAAUUUUUACUGAGUGUUGAUAUGAUUCUAACUAGAUUGGUAAAAUCCCUCCUUAACUUUACACACAGCACACUAUACCUUGAAUCAAACCGUACUGUUAAAUUAGAUCUUUUUUAUGAGUGAGUAUUUACCUUUAACUGGGAAAAAUCCAAAUAUGUUAACAAAUAUUUGAAUCUCACUGUUAAUGAUUUCAUUAAUGUAAAAAUAACUAACACAGAGGAAUGUGGCACAGUUGUUUUUGCUACAUGUGUGAAACGGGCUGUUGCACAACAUUCAUAGAAAUAAAAAAUGUUCACAGUGAACCACCUCAGAAAUAUGACAAAGCAUUACUACUUUAUUGUUUUUUUUGUUUCAGGUUUGUAGAAUGUUUUGCCACCAGUAAAAUUGCAGUUGGGCAUUACUUUUCUAUUUUUAAAAAGCUCGGUUAUGGAAAAACCCAGAUAUUAAGCUGUCUCCAUCAGAGGGAUGGGAAAAAAAAAAAAAAAAGAGACCGAAGGAGUUGAUAUGAAUGCUUUUUCAUGCAAGAAUAAACACUCCAGAAAAGGGAAUUAAACAUCCUUGUUGUUGUUAGAAGAGAGCAUAAUACACAGAUUGAUUCUGUUUGUUUUCAUUAAAUGAAUACUUUUUGAAUGACGUGUUAAAGAUAAUUACACUGUGUAAUGCAUUAUCUCUGCUUUGUAUUAUUAAAACAGUUAAUCACGUAUUUCUUACUAAUUAAUACAUUGAUCCAUGUGUUGGUCCAGAUUUAUUCUUUAUCUUAUUCUGUUCCUGAAAAGUUUAAAAAUCUCAAAGCCAGAUUAUCUCUCAGGCAGCCACAAACAAGCAGUGGUUUGUGGGUAUGAGACAGUGCAGAUCUGUCCAUGCCAGUGAGUUGUCUGGUGUUCGUGGUGUCUAAUCAGCUGGAAAUCCUGCACUGUCUGAUUUUUGAUGUCCUUUUUUUUUUUUUUUAUCCUGCUUUUGAGCUUUGUAUUCACUAACAUUUUAUUCCAAAUACAUAAUAGUUUGAUAUUAUUUUGUUCCUGGAGUCCCUGCUGUUGCCUGAUUAUAUCAGCUGAUAAUUAAAUUGUAAAUCUGUUGUGGAUUUGUUCUUGCUGGUUACAUUUGGUUGCUUAAGAGUUUGGGCAACUUUCAAGAAAUCCUGUAACACGUAAUCUCCCGUUUGCACUAAAAUGACAUGAGUUCACAGAUUGCCAAUAAAAUAUAAUUGUGGUUUGCAUCCAAAAUGAAAAUUUAAAAAAAACUUUAAUUCUAGAUAAUUCCUCUCCAUACCUGAAUGUCACUGCUGUUGUUUCAAAUAAACUUUUAAUU